AUGACGUCUCCAUCCACGACCUCCCAACCCUCUGAUCCAUCCCACGGCGCGUCCUCGAACGGCGUCAACAACAUCAACGGGGAAGGCGCUGUCCAGCCGGCCAACAUCCCCACCAGCUCCAAUGGCCCCGAAACCGCGUCGCAUGAUAUCAACGCGAUCCUCGACGGAAAGCAGAAGGCCAAGGCAGUGCUGGCAGCCUCAGGCGUAACCCUAUCUGACGCUCAGGAGGACAUGGCGUCCGCCGCGCCAGUAGAACCCACCAACGGCGCGUCACCGAGCAGAAAACGAUCGCGUUCCGGUACCCGAAAACCCUCCCAGACACCGACUCGGGAAGGCGGAGACAAGCAAAAGUCGCACAGCCAUCUGCUCAAACGCUACGUCGAGCGCGAUCUCCUUACCAGCGUGCACCUUGACGAGCGCGACGAGUACUCUCAGAAGGUCUACUUCGACUUGAACAACCUGCGCUACUUUUACGAGAAACAAGUUUAUCCAGUGCGCCGCCAGAAUCCUGGGGCGAUAUAUGGAUACGGGUAUGCCGGCUAUGGCAACGGAGAGACCAACAUCCCCCCGGACCCGCGACACCCUGGUGUACCGCGCCUUGUUUACCCUGUCCACGCGAAGCGUGCCGGCCGCCGUCAUGCGCCGCAGCUGAAGGUCGGCAGGGAAAUCGGCGCACAGCAAGCGGAGCAAGUGGAAGAGCUAGUUCCUGUGCGAUUGGACAUCGAGUUGGACAGAUUGAAACUGCGCGACACGUUUACGUGGAAUCUCCACGAUCGCGUCACAGAACCCUUGCUAUUCGCGCAAACCCUGGUGGAAGAUUUUCAAAUACCUCCCGAGCUACGACAGAACAUAAUACACCAAGUCGAUCGAGAGAUACACGAGCAAAUACGGGAUUACUACCCACACGCAUUUUUCGACGACGAGCCCUUGGACCCUAACCAACCUUAUUCGGCAUACAAGAACGAUGAAAUGCGGAUAUUGAUCAAGCUCAACAUCACUAUUGGUCAACACACUCUUGUGGAUCAGUUCGAGUGGGAAAUCAACAAUCCGCUGAAUGCAGCUGAGGAUUUUGCAAAGCAGAUGGCAGCCGAUUUGUCUUUAUCUGGGGAGUUUACGACAGCUAUCGCACAUUCGAUCCGAGAGCAGUGCCAGAUGUUUACAAAGAGCUUGUACAUCACAGGCCAUCCGUUCGACGGAAGACCUGUCGAGGACACCGACAUCCAAGACAACUUCCUGGUAUCUCCGCUUCCCUCUGUCUUCCGGCCUAUGCAGUCUACCAAGGAUUUCCAGCCGUACCUAUACGAGCUCAGUCACGCUGAAUUAGAGCGAGCCGAGUUAUCGAUUAUGCGCGAGCAGCGCCGCCAGAAGCGAUCUGUCAACCGACGAGGUGGACCAGCUUUGCCAGAUCUCAAGGAUCGCCAGCGAACUGUUCGUACCCUUGUGGUAUCAUCAGUCUUGCCAGGGGCCGCCGAGGUGCUUGAAGAAAGCCAUCUCUUCAAGGCAACACGCAAAGUCAGAGAGGGCCGUCGUCGUGGCGCAGAGGGUAGCUCAGACGAUUCUGACAGUGACGACUCCGUGGUGGAGUCUCCUGCGCCUGCCAUGAUGACCGGAGGUACUGCGCGUACAAGGGGUAUGCGUGGUGCUGCUACGGCGGCGCAAGCCGCUAUGCGAUCAGCGAUUGGACGCUCUGCGACGCCUGAGGUUGCUACUCUACAGACUCUCCAUGAGUCGAGAACAUCACGGUCACUUCGCUAUGAAUCAAACUCCGGAUAUCGUCUGCAAAACUACGAGAGUGGUCAAAGGAAUCCCAAAGCAUUCGCAAAGCCUGCCUUCAACUCCCAUGAUUGCACACACACAGCCGCCAUCGAGGAACACGCCAUGUGGCCAACUCUAUGCCACCACCUCCUUCUCCGGUCCUUGCCAUCUCGCGCCACGCCUGGCAACCCAGCAUCCGCUGAAGCAUCCCCUCGUCCGCCCGCUACACCGACUCCUACUCCACAAACCCCUAAGCAAUGGCAAUACAAAUCCGAUGGCUCGGUAGAAGCGCCAUGGCCGGCGCCACCUCAAGCCCAAAACCCCGCACCGCCUCCGUGGCUCCAGCAGGCUUUACAGGAACUUCGAGAUAGAAAUCCUGGCGAAUCAUUCGAAGCGACAAUGCGCUACGUCAUCAUGAAUGAGGCAUACAUGAACCCGGAGACCGGCAAGAAGGAAGCCAAGCCAGCCAAGCUGGACAAUUUUUCGAAUUCAUCUCCGUUGCCGUCGACUCACAAGCCCUACUUCUUACCAAGGAUCAGGUGUAUCGACUGCCCUGGCAAGCUCUACAACGCAGGACCUGAACACACCGUGAGCAAUUUCGAAACGCACCUGAAGAACCGUCAGCAUAUGAACAACGUGGCCAAACGAACUGGUCGACAGAUGUCACAAUAGUGCAUUGAAAGCAGGAACAAGCGGGGCGUUUUACAUACGCGAGCGCAUUUUUGGAAGCUCAAUGAGCCUCCCUUGUACAAAACAGCAUAUCACUUUUGGAGCGCGGACAACGUGCUGCCACACCGGCGUUCUCAUUUGCCAGCAACUUGUUGGGUAGUACAAACCCCGGUCACUUUCCAUUGGAUUAUCAAAGUAAUGAACCCCGGUUCUGAGCCAUGCGCUUCUUAUUCCGCGCAUAUAAGUAGAGGAUGGACCUUUUGAAUUGAGUUCUGUAGAACGAAUGCAUCCUUGUUCAUACAUA